GAUAGUGGAUGGAUUUUCGCGUAGUGCACCUCUCAUCUUUAAAAGAGGAGCAAGAGCUCCUCUUCCAUCUAAUUGAGGAUGCCUGGCAUCGUAGUAUUCAAGAGGAGAUGGUCAGUAGGAUCGGAUGAUUUCAUUGUCCCGGCUGUCAUCUUACUUAUCCUACAUACCUCAUGGCUGGUGGCACUUGCUGUGAUAUUAGCGACUAUAGACUUUGGUGCUGAUUCCCCAUGCGUCGCUGACUUGUACGAACAUGUCUUGGGAUAUAUGGUCAUCCUGUCAGGCUGUGUCGUGGUCGAGGCUUUCAUAUCCUGGAUCAGUAUGAGGGGUACCAUUCUCGUAACUGUACCAAGAACAUCAAUGCAGUACCUCUUGUAUGUUAGGCUUGGCAUUCUGGCUGUUGAGUUUGCAUGGCUUAUAAUUGGUGUUAUCUGGUUAGCGAGGCAUUACGAAUCCUGCCCAGUUGGUGCUGCUAAAAGUGCAGUUUUAGGUAUUGUCAUAUGCAACUGGUGUGUCCUAUUGAGUGUCCUGGUGACCACCUGGUGUGCAUUCGACUCUGCCGGAAGAUCCUGGGUUAAAAUGAAACGCUUUAAAAUCAGUGAUAAGCCACUGCCCCCACACCACAGAAUAUCGGGACGACACAGGAACUGGAGACACAGAAAAGCUAUGAGGGAGUAUCAGGAUAGCUGGAACAAACGAUGCCGUCUUUUAUUCUGUUGUAUAGGGCAUUCAGACCAACAAAGAAACAAUUUUGCGGAUAUAGCCAAGCUUCUGUCUGAUUUCUUUCGGGACCUGGAUGUUGUUCCAUCAGACGUUGUUGCUGGUUUGGUGCUGUUACGAAAACUUCAACGACUGGAAAGACAAAACAUUGUUACUAAAUCUGACGAUGAUACAUAUCAAUUCUUAUCCGGAGUUCCAAUCACGCCAUCGACAAGAUUUCUUGACAUUACGCAUCCAGGUACUGCAGACCAUAUUUUGACCAUAACUCAUUAUUUCCACUACGCUUUAGCAGUCUAUGGAUGGCCUAUGUUUAUGAUGGUUCAAAGCAAAACUGCAUGUUGCCAAUUAUUUCCUAAUUUAAGAUGCUACUGUUCGGCUCCCGGAGAAAAAAAGUACGAUGCUGCAACCGUUGUGGAAGAUAACUGCUGUUUCUGUAACUAUGCAGCCCUGAAAAGACUCUGCAAAACGCAUAACAUGGAAGUCAUAUUUGCAACCUAUCACGUCGAAAUCGGAGAAACACCAUUCUUUGUUGCUUUGGAUCAUGAAAAACGAACUGUUGUCAUUUCUAUAAGAGGAACUUUAUCACUACAAGAUGUCAUCACUGAUUUGAAUGCGGAAGCAGAUCAAUUACCAACUGAUCCACGUCACGAUGACUGGUUAGGGCAUAAGGGUAUGAUCCAGGCGGCAGAAUACAUCCGGCAAAAACUUAUUGAUGAGAAAAUUCUUAUGCAAGCAUUCCAACACUCCCCAGAAAGAGGAACAACCACUUACGGCUUGGUUCUUGUUGGACAUUCUUUGGGAGCGGGAGCUGCUUCGAUACUUGCAAUACUACUCAGGGAUCAGCAUCCAAAUCUAGUCUGUUACGCCUAUUCUCCACCUGGUGGCCUACUUAGCAUGCCCGUCGUUGACUAUACAAAAGACUUUGUUACAUCGGUAGUUUUAGGAAAAGAUGUUGUUCCUCGUAUUGGCCUCCAUCAAAUGGAAACUCUGCGCAGUGAUCUCAUAAAUGCUAUUAAAAGAAGUCAAGAUCCGAAAUGGAAAAUCAUAAUGGGAGGUGUUUUAUGCUGUUGUCCAGAGGAACCUAAAUUCUCUGAGGAAGCUUCUAUUUCGGCGGCACGUGACGUCUCGACCCACCCCAGUGAUGCAUCCAUUGCUCUGACGGUGCACCAGCCGCUUUAUCCUCCUGGCAAAAUAAUACAUAUUGUCAGAAAUCAUCCCAAAAAAGAAGACCAAAAAUAUGAGACAAAAUGGAGAAAAAUAGUGAAACAUCAUGAUCCAGUGUAUCAAGCAUUAUGGGCAGAUAACAUUGACUUCGAUGAAGUUUUGAUAUCGCCAGUAAUGGUACAAGAUCACAUGCCUGAUAAAGUCCUUGACGCCUUAGAAAAACUAUUGAUUAACACGGGUCCUGCAAAACCUCAAAGACAAUUAUCAGACGCUGAUCGACGACAAAUAUCAAAUCCCGGCACACUGGAAACUGGAGCUCACCCCCGGCCGUCUCGUAUCAACCACGAGACAAGCUUUACAGACGUUUCUCGAGACAGUGAAGAAGCGGUCUCGAGACCCGAUAAACCACAUUUAUUAGUUCCAAACUGGGAGUACAACGACAUAAGCGGUGGUGAGAUGGACGAAGAGAAAAAAACGAAUCUCGAUAAGCAAGACUGGGACGUGGCACCCCUUGCUUCGCCAGAAACUCUCUCAGAUGUUUCGAGUGUUUCAUCGAAAGGAAGCAAGAACAAUGGUAACCGCAUUUCUUGGUGUGGUGUUCCGCCGAUGGCCCCUAUUGCUCAGUCGCCAGCAGUCCAUAGGCCUAACUCCGAGUCCUUGUCAUUUCAUAAAAGCAGACCGACUUCUACAAUGCACGGCGACUCUGGCACUGAUAUAUCAGACAAUUUCAAUUUUCCUGUGAGCCACAAAGUGGUGACGAAAGCCACGGUGGAACGAGAGGACGUAUACUCGCCUUCUCUCAUGAACCCUUCAAAAAUGAAUCUAAAUAUCGAACUCGAAAAGAACAUACAAUAUGGAGAAGGGGACAUAUGUCCCUUCGGAACAGAUAGUACUUACGCUAGCUCAAGUACGGACAGGACGAUAGAACCACUUUUUACCCCCCAUGAACCAAAACGAGUGACGUUUGAUUUGUACGAUACACAAAAAAUGGCUAGAGAAGUGUCCGAAGACAGCAUGUAUAACUCAGGAGAAUCAUUUGUACCUACUUAUCCUGAAUACAGCAACCAACAGGAAUAUGGAACACAUGAUUACAUGUACAUUCCUUGUGGCUACACUAGUUCUAGUCCAAUAUCGUCACCGACGUUGGAACAUUCCAUAUCUGAUGUACAGUUAUUUAAACUUUCUGAACUACCCGGUGUGCAUAAAUCUAGGAUAGAUGAAGAUACUUCCCCCACUCCAGAAAUGGCAGCUAACAGUGAAGAAGCAAUAAUGACGUCAUCGCCGAAAAUGACGCAACCCAAAAAGAAAACUGUCGAAACCGAAUUGUCUUCAUCGCCAAGAGAUUAUACAAAACUGCAAAACGAAAGCAGCUUAUAGCUAUCUUUUUCCUCGGUUUGUAUUUAUAUUGUGAAUAUAUUCAUUGUUCUUCCACGUUAUUGGUCUCUUUUGACCUUGUGAUAUUAUUCAAAGUGUAGAGUGUUUAAUGCCAUCAGAAUCUCAUGGUUUAUUCCUAUUUGCACAUGAGAACAUUUUCCAAAAUGGCAGAUUUCAAUAAUCUUUUCGAAUUCAUAGUCAUUCCAAAGUAUGUUUCAAAGUGGAUGCUUUGAAAUCAUGUUUUAAAUAAUCUAUUCCUUGUAAACUUUCAUAUUAUUAAAAUUGUUUUGAAAGUGUUGAA